ACAGGUGGAGAUAAGCAGGCAGGGUGUAACCAUACCUGACGCAGGUGUCUCCAGGGCGUAUAUUGUUUUCGGUCUCCUCAAACAACCAGGUAGCCGUCAUUAACCUUCACAGGUCAGCAUCUAUAGACAAGCAUCAUGGUGGUGAAGAUUAAAGUAGAAUACUGCGGCGGAUGAGGCUACGCGCCUCGCUUCCAUGAGCUGAAGCGAGACAUCAACGCGAAGUUUCCUGAUGCGGAGGUGUCUGGCUUCGUGGGCAGGAGAGGAAGUUUUGAGAUAAAGAUCAAUGAACAUCUGGUCUUCUCAAAGUUAGAAAUGGGUGGUUUCCCUUAUGAUGAGGAUAUUAUGGAGGCCAUUGUUAAGGCUAAGGAUGGAAAGCCAGAAAAGAUCACCAGAAACCGCAAAGAGUGCAUCAUCCUCUAAUGCUUUGACCUCUGAUCCUCAUUAUCGUCUCAGCAGAGAUGAGCUCCCGUCUCCUCUCUCUGAUCCACAUGAGCAUCUUAUUGGUCUAUUGCAGAAAAUGGUUUAUUUGUUUUAAAAAAUCUUCACUUGUCUCCUUUAUGGCUCUAGUUUUAUGGACGUAAAUGAUUGCCGUAACUUAAAGUUCAAAAGUUAUGGUAUGAGGCCUUAGUCCAGAAAACUGUAAACUGAAGUAGAGUAAUAAAGAAGACAGUGAAGAUAAGAGUUACCCAACUUUAUUUUUCUUUUCAUUUGCCAGAAUAAUCCUUUUAUUCUUGAAAUAUCAUGCAUGUUUAAUCUUAUUCUUAUACCUACAACAUUACUUAAAGUUAUUGAGUAGAAUAUCAAAGAUUAUGUUAUUAGAAUGAACUCUAUAGCGAAUUAGACAAAAAAAAGGGGGGUAAUGAGCAAUUGUUCCCCCCAAUUAUUUGGGGGGAAAGUGUCCUAGAUUACUGAAACUUAUGAUUUAACUACACUGUAAAAAAAAAAAAAAAAAAAAAAAACUCAUAUUUUGUUUCAUUGCAUGGGCUUUUUUGAGUUUUACUUCCAAAAACAUGAUAACUUUUUUUAAAUUGUCAUUGGAUAAACAGUAAAUUAAGUUUAUAAUUUUUUACAGUGUAGUUCAAAGGUAAUUGGCUCAUCAUUUUAGAUUUAUAAAACUAUUUCUGUGCUCCAUGUAAUGUAAAAAUAAAUAGAUUCUGAAAAUA